UUAGACCCUUGCGGGGAUCCGUCCUCCCAUCCUGCCAUUUGCCUGCAGCAAGAUGGCGGCGGUCAUAAUGUCAGUGGCGCUGAAGCAGGCGUUGUUGGGGAGAAGAGCAGCGGCUACAGCUGCUAUUUCCGUUUCCAGGGUUCCAACCAGAUUGUUGAGCACAUCCACAUGGAGGCUGGCACAGGACCAAACUCGAGACACUCAACUUAUAACAGUUGAUGAAAAAUUGGAUAUCACUACAUUAACUGGUGUUCCAGAAGAGCAUAUCAAAACUAGAAAAGUCAGGAUCUUUGUUCCUGCUCGAAAUAACAUGCAGUCUGGAGUAAACAACACAAAGAAAUGGAGGAUGGAGUUUGAUACCAGGGAACGAUGGGAAAAUCCUUUGAUGGGUUGGGCAUCUACGGCUGAUCCUUUGUCCAAUAUGGUUCUAACCUUCAGUACUAAAGAAGAUGCAGCUGCCUUUGCAGAAAAAAAUGGGGAACCCUUUUCCUGGCCCAUGCAGGAUGUGUGCAAGAAAAUAUCUCCUUUUCCAACAUGGGAAAUGUGACUACUGAAAAAGAGAACUAUUCAGUAGUCAUCAAACAUUUUUUGAUUAUAUUUGCCGUGAUCAAAAAUACACAAAGUACAUUUACACGAGUAAGGCCUCAAGCUGGUGGAGAACAGAAACAGCUAUGGUUUCAGCAAAUUUGAAUAGCACCUGUUGCUAGCACCUGUUGGCUUUGUCAGGCACUAGGGAGUCAAAAAGAGACAAUAGGAGCAGAGAAGACUUUCCAGAGAGAGUCAAACUCAUCCAAGAGGGGAGAGUCUGACAGUACUGGAAUGGUUGCAUAAACAAUGGUUCCUCAAUGCAAUGAUGCAACUGAAGUAGUAUUCAUGAAGAGGUUUAUUUUUAAUAUUUAUUUUUUUAGUUUUAGGUAGACACAAUAUCUUUAUUUUAUUUUUUUUAUGUGGUGCUGAGGAUGGAACCCAGUGCCUCCUGCAUGCCAGGUGAGCGCGCUACCACUUGAGCCACACCCCCCCAGCCCUAAUGAAGAGUUUUUUUUUUUGUUUUUUUUUUUUUUUUAAUUUUUUUUAUUGGUUGUUCAAAACAUUAUAAAGCUCUUGACAUAUCAUAUUUCAUACAUUAGAUUCAAGUUGGUUAUGAACUCCCAAUUUUACCCCAAAUACAGAUUGCAGAAUCACAUCGGUUACACAUCCACAUUUUUACAUAAUGCCCUAUUAGUAACUGUUGUAUUCUGCUACCUUUCCUAUCAUUGUAUCUUUUAACCAAAGCUAUUUUGAUUUCAUAGAGAAACUGGAAUAAUUUUAAAACUUACCAGUAUUUUAGUCAACUGGCAGAAUUCAUGCUACAGCUUCUCCAAGUGGCAAAAAUGAACAUGUUCAGCAAAGAUAGAGCCUGUCAGUAGCAUAUAAAAAGGAGAAGAAUGUAUGUAUGAACUCAAAAUUUAGCUUAGUGCUUAUACAGGAGAGAAGAUUUCUUUCUCAUUCAUUACUAGGUUCAUGGCUAAGACUUUAUAACAAAGGACAGAUUAAAUAGAGAAAGUACACAAAUUCAUUUAAUAUAAUUUUAUGUGACAUGGACUUCAGAAAUGAAUACUCAGAAAGGGAAAUCCGUAUGUUUCAAUGAAGUAGUGCAUAGUUGUACAGAAAUUUGAUUGAACAACCAAUGGUAAUAAACUAGGAGAACUUAGGCCUGGUCAGAUUAUCCUGUGUCCCUCUGUGGCAUUCCUUUCUUCUGGGUAUAGGAUAAAUGACAGGAAAGCCAAGGAAUUCUUUUAUGUACUGCUUGAAAGGAUAAGGGCUUAGAAAGAGUUGCCCUUUGCUUCUGCUAUUUCCUUAAAUGCCAAGGUGGCACAUUUGGAGGUAAUGUAUUCUGAGCCCCAUUAUAAUCAAUGGCUCAGUAUUCUGUCUUAUUUAGAAAUGACCUAAGUAUCUAAUAAAUGUCCAUUAAUACCAUCCAAGUUUUUAAGUUACUGAAUAAUCUUAGAAAUUAUUUUUUAAGGUAACAUAACUGUAGAAUAUAAUUGCUUUUGAAACAAAGAUUCCUGAAAAAUUGAUCAAGUUGGUUAAAAUACAGAUUUAAAUUUUUCAUGACUAUACACAUUAAACAAAAAUGCUAAUUUAUUCCAUCAGUAAACUCUUACAGCUUUAGAAAGAACAUAUUGAAGUAAAAUAAUUCAUGUUUGUAUUUUGUCUAACAAUGACAGUCAGAAAACAUAGUUGUUUUUAUUAAGCCAAAAUUAUUAGUCUUGUUUGCCAAAGAUUUACCUACAUUAUGCAAACUUGAAUUCUUAAAAUGUUUGUUAAUCUCUUUAAUAAUACUUUGUAAAUCUAGAAGGUUGAAGAUAUUAGAAAUUCAGGGUGUUUGUUUUGUUUUGUUUUUUAGAAUUUUAGGGUUAUUCAAUUCGUAUAACUUCUGUAUAAACUAAUCAGAACAGAACUUAAAGAGAUUUUAUAAUUUAAUUCAUUAAUGUCAUGUGGAGGUAGAAAGACAUUACCUACAUACACUUGAGCAGAAAAGGUUUUUCUGUAUUAUAGUAUGUAAUGACUGUAUGUUGGUAGCUCUGUCAGUCACACAGAGUAUUACUUCAAUUCUAAAGUAUCAGCCAAGGGUUAAUAAACACAGAAUUGUGAAAUAUA